AUGCCUACCGAAGCUCAGAUCGCCGGCGGCCACAAGGCCAACAUCAACAACCCCAACACGUCUGAGGAGUCCAAGCAGAACUCUAAGAAGAUUCUCGAGAACGAGUUCAACGGCGGCGAUGUCCCCAAGGCUGGCGACAAUGAGGAGAAGAACCCUGGCAAUGUUGCCGGUGGCCUCAAGGCUACUCUGAAGAAUCCCAACGUCUCCGAUGAGGCCAAGGAGUCUGCCAAGGAGCGUCUUGACAACAUGUAA